CUCAGAGAGUCCGGGCAGGCAAAAAAACAAAAGCUCAAAGCAAAAAAUUCAAAAGCUCUCUCAAAGCUCAAAGCUCAAAGCUUUGCUUUUCCAUUUCUCUCUGUUGCAUGUACCUGCUCUCUUCAUAAACCCUAACUCGCUUCCCACCGACUCACCUCGACUCGGCCUUACUCGCUCACUACCUCCUCCUUUUCCUCCCAUGGCCAACAACCCCUCGGAGGCCCAGGCCGACGAUUUCCUCGAGCAAAUUCUCGGCCUUCAGAACUUCGCUUCCGCCGAUGCUAAUUUGGCGCGAAGCGAUGGGGGUUUGGCUGGAGGUCAAGUGUCUCAGGCGUCAAUGAUGCUGCAGCUGAACUCCGGCAACGGCUCAGGCCACAUAGGCGGCGGCGGUGGGGGGUUCCAUGGAGGGGUGUUUCCGUUGGGGUUGAGCUUGGAGCAGGGGAAAGCUGGGUUUUUGAAGCACGAGGAGGCUUCUGGGAGCGGGAAGCGGUUCCAAGACGACGUCGUUGAUAGUCGAGGUUCAUCUGUGAAAAAUGUUUUCCAUGGCCAACCUAUCUCAAAUACAGUUGCUGCAGCACCACAUCCACCAGCAAUGCGACCAAGGGUGCGAGCUAGAAGAGGACAAGCCACCGAUCCACACAGCAUUGCCGAGCGGUUGCGCCGAGAAAGAAUAGCAGAAAGAAUCAGAGCAUUGCAGGAACUAGUUCCUAGCGUCAACAAGACAGAUAGAGCUGCCAUGCUUGAUGAGAUAAUGGAUUACGUGAAGUUCCUAAGGCUCCAAGUAAAGGUUUUGAGCAUGAGUAGAUUGGGCGGAGCUGGUGCUGUGGCACCACUUGUAACGGAUAUUCCACUAUCUUCCGUUGAGGAAGAAGGUGGCGAAGGUGGUAGAAACCAACCGGCGUGGGAUAAGUGGUCUAAUGAUGGCACAGAACGACAAGUGGCUAAGCUUAUGGAAGAAAACGUUGGGGCUGCAAUGCAGUUCCUCCAAUCAAAGGCUCUCUGCAUCAUGCCCAUCUCACUGGCCUCAGCAAUUUACCACACGCAAUCACCGGACACCUCUAGCGUUGUCAAGCCUGAAAUGAACCCUCCUUCCUAAGACCCCAGAAAAUGGUAGGUAUGCAUUCCCGCAGUCCCACCCGAAAACUCACUAGAUGCUCUGGGGUCCCACUCCCAUAUUGGUCGUUUUCCAACCUGCCAUAUCUUAAGCUUCAAAUUGCAUUCAAAGUCAGAUGCCAUAGUUGUUGCUUUUUGCCUUUUGCUUUCAACUUUUGUCAAAACAGGGAUCGAUGUCAAUGCUCUCAACAAAAUAGAGCUGGCCCUCCAUGUCUUGCCAGCUUCAAGUCAAAAGGAGAGGAAUUGUCAAAGAUCACUUGAUAUGCUCUGCUUUUUUGCAUCAAUGGUGGGAGUAGUGGAAAAUGAUGGAAAGCCCUUUUGUAGUGGAGGUUCUCUCGUUGUUUUUGCUUAGUGGGUUGUGGGACCUACCUAAUAAAAGGAUUUAGAGGAGUAUAUAUGAACAGUAUUGUUUUUUAUUUCUUCCUAUGUAUGUUUAGAGGAAUGUAAUAUAGAGUUGGGAUAAAGAAUGAAUAAUAGUUGUUUAGUUUGAAAAUUCUGGGUGUUAGACACGUGAAACAGGAACGUUAAGGUGACAGCAUAUAGAACUUAACAUGUGAUGCGUGUUUUAAUUUUUA